AUGGCGGAGAGCCUUGAUAAUAUACGGACUGUCCUCAAUUCUAUUGACUUGCACGAUACUUUCGGCGAGCUGAGGGGCAAGAUGGUAUUCCCCUCAAGUAUGAAUUGGGACGUUGUCACAGUUCAGAGGUCAGGGCUUCUUGAUUUGCUCUAUCAAACCGCAAAGGAUUGCGGCGUUGAUCUUAGGUUUGGGGUCAAGGUCACUGGCUACUGGGAGUCAGAGGACGGGGCGGGAAUCCUGCUGGAAAAUGGGGACAAAGUCGCCGCUGACUGCGUGAUUGCAGCUGAUGGCAUACACAGCAGAGCUAGAGAUAUUAUCACUGGAGAAGAACCCGUUCCCCACGAAACAGGAGUUGCCAUCUACAGAUCCCAUUUCGCUGCAGAUAUCAUUGCAGGUCAGCCAGACGCAAACUGGAUUCUCGAGGGUGUAGGUGAAAGAGACACGUGUAAGGUAUACUUUGGGAAGAAUGCCUCUCUUAUGAUUGGAACGCUGGGAAAGGGUAAUUAUGUGUUUUGGGCAUUACCACACAGAGAUGUGGAAGGGCUUUCAGAAGCUUGGCUACAGCCUGCAGAUGCUCUCCGCGCUUCGGAAUGUAUUAAAGACUGGCCAAUAGGCAAGAAAACCACUGCCGUUCUUUCCAGGACCCCGCCAGGAAGCUGCUGGAAUCAUUUACUCACAUCACGGCGCCCAUUGUCCACCUGGGUGUCAAAGGGCGGGAGGAUGAUUGUGAUUGGAGAUGCGGCUCAUCCCAUGCCCCCGAAUCUCGGUCAAGGGGCCAACCAGGCCAUUGAAGACGCAGCGGUCUUAGCUAUCUGCCUCGAGCUCAGUGGCAAAGAAAAUAUCCCCCUAGGCCUGCGGGUUAUGCAAGAACUGCGGCACAAGCGCGUGUCCGUGGUUCAGAAUGCCGCUAUUGACGAGAUGGAGAAAUCGUUCAGGGCAAAUUGGGACGCUGAUCAAACCGAGGCUAAGCCGAAUCACGUCCCACAUCCAGCCUGGGUCCUCCGUCAUGACUGUAUAAAACAUGCUUACGAGGAAUUCCAAACAGUAGCGGAUAGCUACCUGAAUGGGAGAGAAUACAUCCCAACAAAUGCACCCGUUGACGGUGUCUAUGACUGUGGCGACGAUGUUUUCAAAUCGGCUGGAAAACCCAGUUAA